GGUUGUUAGAGGGAAUUUAGGGGAGUUUGUUACUUGCUUAGUGGAAAAGUAAUUAAUUUGAAUAAAAAUUAAUUAAAAUUAUAUUUUUGCCCUUGGGCUUGGGCUAAAAUUAAGGGUUUUAUCGUAUUUUUACCUCCACAUCCUCCACUAUAAAUAGGAGUCUCUAGUGAAGGGAAAAUCACAACUCAGAGCUCUCCAAAUUUUUGUGAGUCUCUAUCUCUCCCUCUCCAGAGUUCUUCUUGACCUCUAUAGGAAAUAAUUCCUAUAGUAACUAAGCUCUGCUUCCUUCGGGAAGUAGUGAACUCAAGUAUUUUUUCUUCUUGUUUACAAGAAGAAGAUGAAAUAUUGUUUGGUUUUAGGGGAUGGGGUUCGAAUAUUUGAAGGGGGGAAAUGAUGCUCCUUUUUCCUUCAAAUUCUAACCCUAGUUUGUUGGUCCGUGCAGGUUCGCGCACGGAAAGGUUAGAUCGAACGUACUCGAUCUCGCGUGGAAAGCGUAGCCAAGAUGGUGAUCCGGAAGGAGCUAGUGGAUCAGGACUGGGAGAUUUAUCUCCAUAGUUUUGAUGAGGACACGGCCUGGGGUGUCGACUACCGCCAGGAGAAGAACGUGUACGUCGGCGGCGCGACCAUCUUCAAAAGAGACCAAGCUGGGCAGAUUGUUGAGACUCAGCCUAUCAGAGGGAAGAUUCGGUUUCCUCACGCACCCUUCCGUUUUGGACUCCCCUUAGGGAUGGAAUUUCUCAGCGGUUCGGAGUCGGACCCUAGUGAGGGGCCAGGCUACGAGUCAGGCGAGGGGAGCGAGCCUUCAGUGACUUCCGAGUACUGGAAUCCGACAGAGGGACUUUUGGUGCCGAAGGAGGAGCCGGUGAGCCCCAUUGCACCACCCGAGCAAGAGCUGAAUCAGGGACUCAUGGAUCCCGUACCAUUAGGGUUUGGGUGGAGCUUGGAGGCAUUGAGGCAGUGGAACCUGGACAUGAAAGUUGAGCUUCCGAAGCCAGGAGAGGAGACGCCGGAGCCUUCCAACAUGUGGGCCAGAGAAGAUGCAGACUGCAACGAGUGGCCUUGAUUGGGUUGAGAGCGCUGUUUUAUUAUUGGAGCUUUUAUUUUACUUUGAAGUACUUGUAGUUGAUUUUCAAAUGUAAACAAUUUUGUCAGAUUACUAGGGUGGUUUUGUUUACACACAUGGGUGUGGCCACCGUACAUUAUUUCAGUUAUUGGAUUUAUAUCAAUCGUUCGUUUUCCUUACUCGCACGUUUGUUUAUUUGAUUUAUAUUUAACGCUGAGAACUUUCGUAAUAAUUGGAUCUUUGUCAUUUAAUGAAGAUUAAUAAAUGGACGGCGAAAAUUCUUUGUGAAAAUCAUGAUUUUUGGUUUUUCGUGACGUCCGAGAAAUCGGGGCGUUACAUUGUGGUAUCAGAGCUCCGGUUGAGAAACCAGAGCACUAA